UUAUUUUUAUCCUUUUUUUCCGGCCUUUCCUUUUCUUUUGCUUUUUCUCAAGUCUAAAUCUUACCACUGUUCUUGAGGAACAACCUCUGUGGGGGUGUUGGGUGUAGCUGCUCGGUGGGGACUGGCUAAGGAUUUUCGUAGCUCCGCAGUCUCUCUCUCUCUCUCUCUCUCUCUGUACCAGAGAGAGUGUGUUGUGUGUGUGUCCAUCUCACUCUCACUCUCUGCAUCUUUAAUGGCUGCUACAGAGUUUAAUAAGCCUCCACCACUCCCUCCUUAUCCUGAGGAAAGAAAAAUGGAAAUCUAGUGGAAUUCACACUGAGUUGAUCCGACCCUAAACCUUUCCCCCCUCCAAGAUUGAGAUGAUUGUAGCAGCACUGGAAGCAUUGAAGGAGCCCGGCGGUUCCAACAAGACAUCAAUCUCGAAGUACAUAGAAUCCAAGUAUGGAGACUUACCAGCAGGCCACUCCCAACUCCUGUCGCACCACCUCAACCGGAUGAAAGAGAGUGGGGAGCUUGUCUUCUGGAAGAACAACUACUCGAUACCUGACCCCAACGCGCCGCCCCGCCGUGGCCGUGGCCGACCACCAAAGCCCAAGGACUCCUUGCCUGCUGCCAUGGCCGCCCCCCUGGCCCCGCCAAGGCCUCGGGGCCGCCCUCCAAAGGACCCAAGCGGCCCGAAGCAGGUGAAGCCCAAGGUCUCUGCAGGCAGUGGGAGGCCGAGGGGGCGGCCGAGGAAGAUGGCAAAGCCGACAGGAGGGUUGGGUGGGUUGGCAGAGGCCACAGCGUCUGCUGUGGGGUCCGGGAGGCCGAGGGGCAGACCCCCGAAGGUGAAGGCACCGCUGACUGAAGUGAGUGUAGAGAAUUAGGACGUGAUACAGCUUUGGCCUGUGCCUGUGGGGUUCCUAUGUCUGUUCAGGUCUUUUCCAGAGUUGGGCUUGGUGGCAUUAGGCGAUUGACUAAUUCGUUUGUGUAGCUCUAAUGUGCAAUGUUGAUGUGGUAAAUGGUUAGUAGCUUGUAGCAGUAAUGACAAUUCGCAGGGGAGUCCGCUUCCACGGUCGAUUCGUAACUUGGUAGUUCUCCGGUGUUAUCAUAGGAUGUUCACUUUUGUUUGCUUGUCUAGUGGGGAUUGUUCUCGUUCGAAAUAUGUUUUCUGGUUGGUGUUCCGUGAAACGAUUGGUUGUGGAAUGCUGUUGCUGUUGCAGUUGCAGUUCUAUUUU